CAAGGAUAUUAAGUGGAGAUGACAUAUGAGUUGGAACUGGACCUGAAGCGACAAAGAGUCGGCAAGCAUGGGUUUAAAAGCCAUAACCAUGGCCACAACCAUGUCCACAACCAUGGUUAUGAUCAUCGAGCCGAAAAACUUGAAAGAAUUCAAGGGGUUCGCAAACAUGAUAGACUUCAUAAGAACGGAGACAUUGGAGAUAUAGUUGAGUACGAUAUUGAAGAUGAAGAGCAUCCUAUUAAUUUGAUCUGCCUGUUGUGUAAAGAUUUUUAUUACAACAACUGGGUUACAGGGACCGGUGGAGGGUUGAGCAUUCGAGAUGGAAAGAAAAAGCUAAUUUAUUUGGCGCCAUCGGGGGUGCAAAAGGAGAAGAUCGAGCCCAACGAGAUAUUUAUUUUGAGAGAUUACCAAAACGGCGAAGAGAAAGAAAAUGAGAUCAAAAGAGGGUACGGGUACGAUGGGCUUAUUGAUAACUACAAAGACAGUGGUAAAUAUUUGUACACGCCCAACGAGAUUGAAGGAGUUCGGGAGCUGAAAAAUACGUAUAAGCCCAGUCAAUGCACACCAUUAUUUUUGUCUACGUUUAAAUUGAGAAACAGUGGAGCGUGUAUUCAUACCCAUUCUCAAAAUGCGGUUUUGAUUAGUUUGUUGAUUAAGAAGCAGAAUUAUUUUCGGAUCUCGCAUAUUGAGCAAAUUAAAGCUAUACCAUUUUUGAAAGAAAAGAGGAAUUUGAGAUUUGACGAGAAUUUAGUUAUUCCAAUUAUUGAUAACAAGAAUUUUGAAGAGGAUUUAACGGACAGUCUCCAGGAGGCAAUUGAAAGAUUUCCCAAUACAACGGCAGUGUUGGUUAAGAGACAUGGAAUAUAUGUUUGGGGAGAAGAUAUUUGGAAAGCAAAAAUUUAUAACGAAGCCAUUGAUUAUUUGUUGGAGAUUGGAAUUAAGAUGAUACAGAACAGGAUACCCUUGUCCAGCGAGGAUGGUGAGGAUGUUUAUGACAAGGGAGGAUACUAGUGUCUCUGUGGUCAGUACGAGUUUUUGGUGCUUUUGAGUGGUUGGCCUUUUACCGUAGCCCAGUCGAUCUUCGCGUAGAGGUCCUCGUCAAGCAAGCCGCAACACACGACAGUGGAGCCUCUAAGCAUGAAAAGCCCCAAGGGAAGCACCUCAGUGCCGUCGGGCGACACAACCAUCUCGUGUGUGUGGGCGAGAAGGAGGUUUGUGGCCAAGUCGUAGCCCUCCAAGCGACC